GGCAAUUCAAAAACGUCGUCGAUACCACCUUCAUCGUCGCUUUCAAGGCCGCUCAAAGUAUCAUAAUGAACUGAAAAAUUACGUCAUACUUUUCAAAACACAAGGAAAAUAUUGAACAUUUUACCGUGUUCAUAUCGUUGCUUUUCUUGUUCCGCAAUAAUUUUUCGCUUUGCCUCAGAUUCCCAUUCUUUACGCUUUCUCUCUUUUCGUUUUUCUUCUUUUUCAUUGCUUUUUUUGUCAACACCAAUCAAGCUUCCUUCGCGACCUUUCUUUCUUUGCGCAAGCAAAAAUUCUCUGUCAAUCGCGUUCGUCAUUGAAGUGAGUGCAUCUUUCGCAGCAAUGUCAAAUAAGUCGUCAAGUUUAUCAAUGAACUCUUGCUCUUUUCUAGUCUGAAAUUCGGAUGGUUUUGUGUGUGAUCUUUGCAAAUCUUUAUAAUCAGUGUGCCAAUUUUCCAAUUUUUUACGGCAGUACCAUUUUUCUGAUAUUGGAAUUCCAGCGUUCUCCCAAAAUAUACUUGCUUCUUCGAUGACAAGUCUUAAGCUCUCUUUGUACCCUAAUUUAAAUUCACGCAUAUUAUGCAGAAAAACUGAAAGAACUUGUCGAUUUGAUGGCAAUUUCGAACCUAUUAUUUGAUGUUCAGUGUGCCCGAGAAUGUAAAUUUUCGAAUCUGAACGAAGUUUUUUUGCCGGUGGUUGCGAUGACAUUUUUUUAAAGUGAAUUUUGUUCAAUUUUACAAUUAGAAUGCAACAGUACUGCGAAUUGAUACAGUUUCCAAUGCCGACUGACACGUGCUAACACGAUAGCUGUCACUUGAAUGUGUAACAUGCGCCAAAGCGACUCCGCAGAAAUAUAAACAAUUUGUAUUAAAUAAACAAUGUUCGAUUCAGCUCGAUUUGACAUUUUGCGGGAUGUAUGCAUGUUUCGUUCACAUUACAAUCGCGUGAAUUACAUUGAUCAAAUCAAGAAAGAGGGAAAUUUGAAUGUAUUUUACCGCGUUGAUGCUAAGUUUAUGAAGAAAAAUGUGAAAUUUGGACGAUUUUUGGUGUUUUUAGCCUUCCAAAGGGUAGUAACUGCACUAAAGUCAUUUCAAAUUGACUGUUUUUUAUGUAAUUUUUCACGAGCAAUCCGAAUAUGACUAUGAAAAAUAUCGGUAUUGCGUAAGAGUGUGUGAAAAAUGCAUAAAAAUGCAUAAAAAUGAACAACUUUCAUUUAAACAAAGAAUAUCAACUACAUAGAUUUUUCGGAACGUGUUAGCGUAUUCCAAAAUCGAUAUAGAAGGCAUUUUUUUUCUUUUUGGAUCGAGCCACAACUUUUAAACUAGUUGCCCGAUAGAAAAUCGCAACUUGUCUGCAAAAGAGCCACCCUAAUGACGCACGCAGAUUACGUUGCGGCCGCUGCUCAGUCACUCGGUACGCUUCAGUCAUCGCUGGUUGUAGUUAGAUAAAAAAAUAAAGUCACAAUUAAGAAAUGCAUGUUGUUUUAACGAAACAUAUCAUUAUUAAAUGUUGGUUAUUUUUACGAGCUUCGUUAUGAAACAUUUAUAUGCAUUAAAUUUUUUCACCGUUAAUCAACUUAGACGUUAACAAUAUUAAAUUUUUUCGAUAGGAGAAAAUGCGCAAAAAUUAAAUACAUUCUCAAUUCACUCUUCGAAAGGCCAACGAAGAGUUUAUUAUAUUCGUUAAAAAAAAAUGCCACAUGCUGACUGACUUGUGAUAUGAAUGAGUAAAUAAUGUCAAGUGAUAAAACUUCGUAUACAAACAUUUUCCGUUUGAGUGCAUGAACAGAGCGAUCACGCAUGGAGCGAGCAGGUUUGCAUGUAGAUUGUGAUAAGUUCAUUUAAGUUAAAUUCAGUUUUGUGAUUCUACUUGAAAUAAUCACACCCAUAACACAUUUGGCUCAAGAAAAUAGUCAAUUAGUACCUUUUUUAAAAUCAAUUUUCAAAAGGUGGAAAGAAAUGAAGUUGGUAGUCGUUUUCCUCGUUUUAUUAAUAUUCAAAAGUGAAUCUAGUGUUCAAAGUACCGAUUCUGGUUUUGUUGGGUGUUUUAGCACAUACAAUGGCAUGAGAUAUAUUGAAAUGGUUUGUGAUGAUAAAACUAGACCAGCAUUAAAUCGAGAAUGCGUGAAAAAUGGCGACAAAGCAGAAGUGCGAGUGUUGAAGUAUCAGUGUGACGAACCAUUAGGAACUUUAUUCAUCAAAAAUGAGACAUUCUACAACCUAACAAGUUUGCUUAAAAUUGAUGUUUCAUCGCUUAAUAUAUCGGAACUAGGCUUUUCGUCGGAUAAACUCGAAAGUGUUAAAGUAUUUACGGCAUCAUAUAACCAUUUGGUUGAAAAAGACGUUUCAGUUUCGGAUCGAAUGCCAAAUUUAAUCGAAAUUGAUUUGAGCUCCAACAAUAUAAAAAGAAUUUCAAAGUGUCAUUUCAAUCAAAACAACGAUCUUCAAUCAUUAAAUCUCGCUCAUAAUUUAAUCGCACAUUUGGAUAAUGGUGCAUUUGCUAAUUUAUCAAAACUAAAAAGAAUUGAUUUGAGUCAUAAUAAAAUUCAGUCGAUAUCUGAACAAUUACUCAAAGAAAAUAAAUUACUUGAAUUUCUGGACAUACGGAAUAAUCCAAUGGAAAGCUUCAGUUUCAAAAUAUUUUCAAGAGAAGCAGGCGUGGUGAAGGUGCAUCUUCCAGCAAAUAAAAUUACGAAUUUGGAUAUCGAUCGCCCGAACGAUUUUAACGAUGACGAAUACUUCGAAAAUAUCAAAACAUUCCGGGCUUCGGGCAAUCAAUUGAAAAAUGUGUCGGAAAUUCUCAAACGAUUUGGUCGCACUCUUCAGGUGCUGAGUUUAACAAACAGUGUCAUUGGAACACUGAGUAAAGACAUGUUGGAAAAAUUCAACGAUUUGAAAGAAUUCACAAUGACACAUGCAAAUAUAUCAAUGAUUGAAGUCAACGCAUUUUUAUAUCAAACAAAGAUUGAAAAACUUGAUUUAUCGUGUAACGAACUCAUUGAAGUUGAUGCAACAAUAUUUUGUAAGAAAUUUUUCAAUUUAAAAACGUUAAAUUUAGGGGGCAAUCGAUUGACCGCCAUAGAUGGUGUGAAUUCAGCCAAUUUAGAGAAACUUGAGUCACUUUCGAUCUCGAAUAAUCAAUUUACUUGCGAUUAUUUGAGAAAAUUUGUGAACCAAUGGCAUGGUAAAAAUUUAAAAUUUUCAAGCACUUCAUCCAAGGAAAGAACUAACAUCCAAGGAAUUGAUUGCAACAAUGAAACGUCAAGCAGUAGCGAAAAAUUAAACAAUAACGUACAUCAGGAAACUGAUGCAGAUGCAGAUACAAAAAUGUUUGGUGUAACCUCAUGCCCUUCAACACUACCAUAUAUUAUCACUAUCAUCACAUUAUGCAUAAUCAUAAUGAUUUUUACAAUUUCGGAGAUAGCUCGUUAUGUUUGCCAGAAGAAAGAUUACAGAAAAAUCAAAAGUUUUGUCAAAACAGAUAUUGGAGUUCAAACAAUUGAACUGGAUGCGACUGACCGACCCUUCGAGCCAAUCAAAACAAACAAUGAUCCACAUUACGAAGAGAUUGAAAUUAAAAGCCUAUCGUCUAGUGUUUGUCAAGAGGAUACGCUACCACUUGAAAAUCGACCGCUUCCAAUGCCGCCUACGGAGAACAAAUGUCUUCUUUCCUACGGUCAUAUUUCCAAUGCAUCUCUGCCAAUUACAGAUCAAUAUGCUAGCGUUGUGAAAAAAACAAGAUAGUAAAUAAUCCCAACAGAAUUAAAGGAUUUCUCUUGAAGAUCUUGUAUCCUUCUUGAUUAUCAUUAUAAAUUUCUUUUAAAUCGUUUAAAUAGGACGAGAGAUUAUUCUCCUUUAUUAGGAAAUAUAUCAUUUCAAAUUAGUCAUGUUAUUGUAAUUUAUCAUAUCACAGCGAAGAAUUUCCAGUUUUUCAUAAUUCGAGUUUAUAGACUUAAAAGAAAUUAUAUUUGGUGGGAAAAAUCUUUUAAUUUGAUACGAUGAUUUGUAACUUCUAAACAAUGAUCUUCUAAUUUGUAAUAUUUAAAUAAUGACCUUUAUUUAUUGUGAAAUAAAUGCCCUUCCGCAAUUGACGAUAAACAUUCUAUUUUGUUUCACGUAGUUGUAUAUUGUAAAUAAUUAAAUAUGCUCAUUACAUGUGUUAUGUGUAAGAUAAGAACUUCGGUUAGUGGAAAUGAAGUUUUUUUCGUUUUUUUUUUCAGAUUCACCAACUAUACUUCUUCUUUUUCUUUCUCUUAUAUAGCAAACGUCAGUUCCAAAUGUGAAAAAGAGGCAAUUACUCAAAUGAACGGAAGCCCUUUGUGAUUAUCAGCUUCACUCGGUCGUUGUAUAAGUUGCCGUUUCAAAAUAGCAAUGAACAAAGAAAUUUCCACGAAUUCAAUUGAUAAGAGAUGGAGAUAUAGAAUAGCGACACUAUUCGAAUACAUACCAUUCCAUGACAUUCUUCUCCACUGAUUAUGACGUGCAUAUAAAUAUUGCAGCAUAACUACACUAGUAUGAACUAUUUUGAAAAUGACCAUGUGUACUGCGUUAACUUUGUUUAGCAAUAUUUGGUAACAAAAAUGCAGAAAUUGAUUUACAAAGUUCCGCAAUGAUCAAUCCCAAAGCAUUUUACUCAAUUCAACACAUUGUAAAAACAAUACUCAUAACAAGAUUUAUCUGCUUGAAUUACUCAUGAUUCUAUACAAGAUAAACCCGUCUCGAAAUUAUAAAAAUAUAUUGUGAUAAUUUAUUCAAUCAAAAGCAGUAAAUAUAAUCAAAAUCGUUGCUUUCUUAUUCAGUUGU